AUGACGCACAAAACUCAUUGCAAACACGAGACCCCACGAGGUCUCCGCUGCGAACUAUGUGAUCACUUCACCUGUUCUCUUCGCACCCCUCCACAAGGACUAGACUUUCCAGAACUUCUCUUACCCCCUUACCUUCCACCAAGAGACAUCCAACCGCCGAAUUACUUCAAAUCAAUGCUAUCGGAAAGAAAAGUUCCGAUGGAGACUCUUCACAACAUGGGCGUCUUAUGUCGUGACUACAGUGUUAGAAUUGAGGCUGCAAACCGACUGGCUGAAGAGGAGGCUGUUGUUACUGGCCAGAUUGGGCUUACACCCAGACGACGACAACAAAGAAAUUCGUUAAGCCGAUUCAAGAUUCUAUCGCCUUUGGCGAAAUUAAGAAUCGUUUCGCCUGAUGAUAGUCCUAAUGGAGGACCAAGCUCACCCAGUCGUAAGGUCAAAUAUGAGACAAAAUUGGUGUCUGAGGUAUUCCAGCAAAAGCAAUCAGUCGAAAGUCUGGACAGAGAUUGGGAAUCUUCUGAUAGCGAUCGGGAGAACGAUAAUCCAGAAGACUACGAAGAACUGGAACAAAACCACAAUCAACAAAAGGCGAAGUAUCCACACAUGCAAGCCGAGAAAGCACGUCAGCAGAGCGCCCACCUCCGAAGGAUAUGGGAAGAGAGCCAACGCGAGAAGCAGCGAGCAGUGGAAGAAAGGGAAAGAAAACGACAAGAGGAUGAGGCGAGAAGAAUUGAGCUGGAGUCGGCCGCUCAAGAACAUGAGCGAAAACGAAAGUCUCUGGCGAGAAGACGUGCAGAGAAAGCUAAAUUAGUUGAAGCAGCUUAUGGGACACAGAGUAAAUUGUUUGGGUCACGUCGCGUCUCUCUGGCGAGACGAGUACCCAACCGGCGGAUGUCUCGAGGUCUGUUUCGAUCUAGACUAUCAAUAUCAAUGAACCAGGCUACUCCUCAAAUCAGCCAGCGAACAGGAGUGUCUAGUGUUACGCCGCAGUUGCGUGGGACGCCAAUUUUCCGAGGCCCGAAUCGACGUAUCUCUAUCAGGCCUCAAACAGUCCAGAAGCGAGCUCAAGCCCAAGCAGAAGGAAUUGCAGCAGCCAGAGCACGUAAAUUGGCUGAUGCGACAGCCCUAGUACAACAACGAAAGGCUGAGAGAAUAGCUGCAGAUUUACGAAGAAAGGAAGAAUCAGAACGACGAGUACAAGAAGCCCGAAAAAAGGUAGAAGCAGAAAAGCGACGAAGUGUAGAAGCUAGACAAAGACAACAUGAAGCCUUCUUAGCGCUCCACCGGCGCAAUAAAGCCAACCAAGUCCAAACGCAAUCCCUUACAUCCAAGGUUACACAAAAAUAUCUCGCACCAGGAAACACUCCACGGAAACUCUAUGAUUGGCAAACGAGAAGGAACCUUAAGAAAGAGGGCGCAAACAACUUGUUUAUGUUAACAACAAUCGGUCAUUCCAGAAACUUCUCGCUUCUUCCAAGACGCAUGCAAGUCAAUGACGACUUUGGAUGCUUGGAGAACGAUAUCUACCUCCCUAGAGUUCCAGAUAUCACAACGGAUGAUCUUCGGAUUUGGAAAAUGAACAGCGCCGAUAUCGAUAUUACCCAAGGAAGUUUCCAUGAUCUAGAAGCACAUCUCACCAUUGCUCCUCGCGUUGGGACGACGAUUACACCACCCUGGGCAGAUAGAGCUAGACGCAUGGCUUCAAAGUUGCCGGAACAUCUAUACUACGGUUGGAGGAUUUGCCACAAUUAUGGUUAUUUUGGAUGGAAGGUUCCUAAAAGGACUACGCGGUACUUUUUACAGGCUAGACGAUUUGGAGAACUAGAUCGAGAGUGGGACGAGGCAAUCGCACAGAGUGAAGUCAAAACGCAGGCGACUUUGGAGAAGAUAGGGAAGCAAGAGAGUAUUCCCAUGAUUAGAAUUGCUAGUGGCCCGCUGCUAACGCAUGCCCAGUUGACUGACGGGUGUGAAAACGACGAAGCAUCAGCCUCGCUCACAACCUCAACGGUAACAUCUUUCAUAACCUUCGGUGGUACCGUUACAUCCUUUUAUGACUGCUUCGGUCAACUACCAUUUUGCAAUGCCGUUAACUUCGGAGCCGGUGUUGGUUCUUUAACCAGCUCAGAGACUCCAGAGCCGACGGUUAUACCCGCAGUGGGUCAGCCGGUUACCUUAUCCGUAACUGGAUCUGAUGGAAUACCAUUAGCCGCUGAACUAUCAAGUAAUGGUCAGCUUCUACUCGUUGAUGCGAGUACUGCUACUAACGCAACUGUUCUCUUUGCUGAUGAAGACGGUUUCUUACGAGUUUAUAAUUCACCGUCCCAAGUUCUAUUCCUUGGAAGUUGGACCAGUACUGGCAGAUUCAAGCGACGACAAUCCACCGAUGCGGUUUCGCAGAUUCAAUCCAUCGAUGAAUCUAACCUGACAUCGAGUGACAAGGCCGGAAACUUCUCUUUCGGGGCCGGAGGGGCUAUAGAAUUGAAUGUUGAUGGCGUCGAUAAUAACUUCUAUAAGUCGGGUACGACGGGACAGACACAGCUGUAUACCGCGGAUGAAGGUGUAGACCCGGGUUCCGAGUUCGACGGUGUCAGUGUCGUUCCUGUCGUUCAGGAAGAUCUCCCUCCAAUUUCAUUCAGUAGUAGUUCAACUUCAACUUCGACGACGGCAACAACUUCACAAGGUUCUUCUUCCGGCACGGGGGCAAGUAUCACUUCGAAUCAACAGUCGAUAACUACAUCUUCCACAGACACUACCUCGAUCGAUACCACCAGCGAAACUGAGACUCAAGAUACCACAGCCACCAGCUCAGAUGCCGAGAAUUCAAGUUCCACAUCCGCCGAGGACUCCAGCACUACUAUUUCAAGCUCUCCCACCGGCUUCACGGGCUCAUGUCCAACCGAUAACGCAAACCCCACCGUCUUCGCCACCAUCACCGGUAACGGCUACGAAGCAGUCACAGAUAUAAUCUCAGCGGGUGGUGCAUUCUACACCUGUUGGUGUUCUUCCUUCCUAAACCUCUUCGCAGCCAGUAGAACCGUCUUAGUCACAUCAUCCAUCCUCGACUUCUCCACCUCAACAAGCCAGACCAUCAUUAUCGAAGAAUCAAUCUCAACAAUCCUAUCACAGACCGGGGUAGUCCAAGCCACAACGACUUCAUACAAACCCUGGCCAACCCGUUCACGCCAUAGGAUCCCACGAGCGGAGACGAUCUCCACACCAGAUGCUCUAACCCGCUUCCCCGCUUCAAAUAUCACCGUCGGUUGCAAUCUAAUGGUCUCAUACCCGGUCCAAUCCACCGUCGAAGAAACCACCACAACCACGGCUUCAGGACUAACAAUCGUCCUUGACUCAACCACAACUACAAACCCCACAGAAACAACAGAGUACUACAUGUCAACCGAAGUCAGCGUCAUUGUCGCCACACCUUCGAGUUUCAGUGCAAGCUUGGGCUGGCGUCGUGCCAGUGGAAGUCUUACAUACCUAGAAGGCGGCACCAUCAGCAACGGUGCCUUCGAACUCGGAACUGCAAACGCACCAGCAGGAUCACUCACACUCGACGAUACAGGUCGUCUGGUCUACCCGAUACUAGACACCAACACCGGAACAAACGUAAACUGGUACGCUGCAGCACCAGUAGUCAGCGACUCUACCCAACCUACAGCCGGGCCCCUCAUGUUCGCCGAAGAGGCCACGGUUACAAGUAACGGUUGGCAGUAUAUUGGUUUUUUUCCGGAUCGCAAUACUAUAUUCAUAGACUCUUCGCAGAGUGCCGGCGGGUAUCAUAAUUUUGGAUUGUGCACGUAUAUGGGCUCUUCGGUGGAAAAGUUAAUUAUUAUGAUUGGUGAUACUAAACCUAAUGAUGCUACUUAUUGUGAUUUUAGAAGUUAUUUGAAUUUUCAGUAG